UCUUCCAUCCCGGAGCUCUACGCUCUUCCUGGAUACUGAGGCGCGCGGCACGCCGUCCAGAGCAGAGCAUCAGCGACCCGAGGCCACGUCGCGAGGGCGGGCUAGGGGCCGUAGGGCCAGACCAGGGCCUCCCCUUAUAGGGCCAGCUCAGCUCAACGCCCCCGUGUACACUCUCUAGGAAAAGGGGCUCCCAGCCAUCGGCCUAGCAAGCUUACAUGCAGCCUGUUUUUAGGGGCAUGCUUGCAAGGCCCUGUCAGCAUUCGGAGACAUGGAGGAGUUCCGGCGCUCCUACAGCCGCCUGUGCAAGGAGAGUGGGGCUGAGCCCCAGGAGGCUGUCCUGCAGCAGCUGCACCAACUUCCGCGGGGCCGACUGGACCUGGCUACUCAGAGCCUGACGGUGGACACCUGCAGGGCCCUUGGCAAGCUGCUGCAUAAUGAGACGAUGUUGAAGGAGCUUGUCCUCAGCGACUGCAUGCUGAGUGAGGAAGGGUCCACACUGCUGUUCCAAGGGCUGUGUGCCAACACCACUGUGCAGCGUCUGGAUCUAAAGGGCAACAACCUCCGAGCUACAGGAGCCGAGGCUCUGGGAAAGCUCCUUCGACGGAACAAGUCCAUUCAGAGUCUCACGCUGGAGUGGAACAACCUUGGCAUGUGGGAAGACACCUUUGCCACCUUCUGUGGGGGUGUAGCAGCCAAUAGCACCCUGCGGCAGCUGGAUCUCCGAAACAACCAGAUCAGUCACAAGGGAGCAGAGGAACUGGCCCUGGCCCUCAAGGGCAACACCACCCUCCAGCAGCUGGAUCUGCGCUGGAAUAACAUUGGCCUCCUGGGGGGCCGGGCCCUGGUGAACUGUCUCCCCAGCAACAGAACCCUGUGGAGGCUGGACUUGGCUGGGAACAACAUCCCUGGCGAUGUCCUGAGAGCUGUGGAACAAGCCAUGGACCACAACCAGGAUCGGCUCACUGCCUUUCGGGAGAACCAAGCCCGCACCAACAUCCUUAACAAGGAGGUUCAGCACCUCCAGGAAGAGAAGUCCAAGCAGUUUCUGGAUUUGAUGGAGACAAUUGAUAAGCAACGAGAAGAGAUGGCCAGAAACAGCAGGGCAUCAGCAGUACGAGUUGGGCAGCUUCAGGAAGCCCUCAACGAGAGACAGUCCAUCAUCAAUGCCCUCAAAGCCAAGUUGCAGAUGACAGAAGCUACCCUGGCCCUGUCAGAGCAGAAGGCCCAGGACCUGGGGGAACUGCUGACCACAGCGGAACAGGAACGGCAGAGCCUGUCACAGAGACAGGAGAAGGAGCGCAAGCUGGAGCAGCAGGAAGCCGCGGAUCGGGAGUCUAAGCUCCUCAAGGACCUGUCUGCCGCCAAUGAAAAGAACCUGCUGCUCAGAAGCCAGGUGGAUGAGUUGGAGCGGAAGGUAAAGUCUCAGCAGGAGCAGCUGUUUCUGACCAGGCAGGAGCUGACUAACUCAUCAGCUGAGUUGAAGAUCCGUGCUAUUCAGGCUGAGGAGCGCUUGGAUGUGGAGAAGAGGAGGGCCAAACAGAAUAUGGAAGACUUGGAAAAGCUGCACUCCAAGGAGGUGGAUCACAUGACCCGUCACCUGGAGGAGAGUGAGAGGGCCAUGCAGGAGAGGGUACAGAGACUAGAGGCUCUGCGACUGUCCCUGGAAGAGGAGCUGAGCCGCAUGAAGGCAGCGGUGCUCAGUGAGCGUGGCCAAGCGGAGGAGGAGCUCAUCAAAGCCAGGAACCAGGCUCGCUUGGAGGAGCAACACCGCCUUGCUCAUCUGGAGGAGAAGAUUCGGCUGUUGGCACAGGCAAGGGAUGAGGCUCAGGCUACUUGCCUGCAGCAGAAGCAGAUGGUGGCUGAGUCCCAGACACGGGCCAGCCAGCUGAACUUGCAAAUGGAGGGGCAGCAGCGGCGCCUGGAAGAACUGCAACAGGAGCUGAGCAACAAGGACCAGGAAAAAGUGGCUGAGGUGGCCAGGGUGAGAGUGGAGCUGCAGGAACAGAUGGGCCGUAUGCAGGCUGACCUGGUGGCCCAGGAGGUGCUGAGGGAGAAGGUGGCAGCCCUGGAGCGCCAGCUGAAAGUGAUCGGGAGUGAACACCGGGAGGCGCUGCUGGACAGAGAGAGUGAGAAUGCGUCUCUCCGAGAAAAGCUGAGGCUCAAAGAGGCAGAGAUCUCACGCAUCCGCGAUGAAGAGGCCCAGAGGGCAAGCUUCCUACAAAAUGCUGUCCUGGCUUACGUGCAGGGGUCUCCUCUGAGAGCCUUGAGUCCCCCUAAAUGAAGGGAAGCAGGGAGACCUGGAGCGCCCUGCAAGUGCAGAAAUGCUGCAUCCCAUUCUCAAAAACAGGCCCGGGGUUCAAAAGCGUUAGCGGCAGUGGUCAGGGUGGGGUUCUGCCAACAUUGGUGCUCACUGGCACACCUGACCAUCCAAGGUGGUUCACCCGCAGCUCACCACUGGCAUAGGCAAGACACAGUGCACAGGAAUGCUCUCAGAUGACCCAGUCCCAGAAACACAAACCCCGAACAGUAAGUACUGCGGUAGGAGGGAACAGAUGCCCCAAGGGCAGAAUGGAAAUACAAGACUUUUGUACUUGGUGAUA